AUGGUCCCCUCGGGCUGCUGGAACUGCGUCCUGCGGCCUCGCGCUGCAGCCACGCGGGCCCUUCUCCCUCCGUCGUCCUCCGCUCCCCGAGUCGCAAGCGCCCCCUUCCACUCCUCCGCAGUCCAAUAUGCCCAGCCGGCGAAGAAAAAGGCCAAUACGCAAACGAUGCUGAAGCACCGUCAGUCAAUGAGCAUCCGGAGGAAGAAGAAGAAGCCCGUCGACCGUGUGCGUCCGCCGCCCGUCGGCGAGCGCAAGGCUCUGAAGAAGCGCAUCGUGCUCAGCAACCCCAACGCGCUGGAAAUCGAGGGUAUGGUUGAUCUGUCAGCGGAAACAAUGUCCAAUCCCAGCCUUCGCGGCACUAUUAUGGGUCUGCCUGUGGACAAGCUGGAUCAAUUGAGAGCCGUCGAGGCGUUCAAGCCCAAGCAGAGCUGGUCAUUGUUCCAUCGGCCGAGCACAGUCUUUCGUCGCACUACGUAUGAGAUGGGCCGAUUGAUUGAUCAGAUCACAGGUGAUGUUGAGGGUGCUCAGAAGGGCAAGGUUGUCAAGAAGAUCGUGACGGGGCCGAAGGGCUCCGGGAAGACGGUGCAUCUGCUGCAGGCCAUGACUAUGGCUUUCAUCAAGAAAUGGGUCGUGAUCACAGUACCCGACGCUCGAGAACUCGUCUCCGGCGAUACCGCGUACUCCCCAAUUGAAGGUACCAACCCGACGCAGUAUGUCCAGCCCAACGCUACGUCUACGCUACUAUCCCGCAUUGUCAAGGCCAACCAGGAUGUUCUGGCUGGUCUUCGUAUCUCUCAGCAACACCCAACUUUGAAGGGACUCAAGCCCGGCUCGACGUUGGCAGAUCUCGCCAAACUCGGAUUGCAAGAUGCCGCCGUCGCUUGGCCCGUCUUCCAAGCUCUGUGGACCGAACUUAACGCUACCAAGGCAGCGCCAGGCGUGAAGGAUGAAUUCCAACCUCGUCCCCCAAUGCUCGUGACUCUGGACGGUCUCGCUCAUUGGAUGGGCGAGAGCGUCUACCGCGCCGCCGACUUUACUACGAUCCACUCGCACGACCUCGUUUUCGUGAAGCACUUCCUUUCGCUACUGACGCAGGGCCAGUCUCUGGGCAACGGCGGCCUCGUCCUGUACGCCACCUCCACCUCCAACAGCCCUUCCAACUACAGUCUUGAAGUCGGCCUGGACCAGCUGGCUGCCCGUCAGGAGGGCAUCAGCCCGUCCUCCCCAGAGUACCCGCAGCCGGAAUCUUACAGCAACGCCGAUCCCCGCGUGAUGGACCUCUUCCAGGCCUCCAAGUCCAAGGAUGGUCUCCUCGAGCUGCAGACCCUCAGCGGUCUCACCCGCGACGAGACCAGGAGCUAUGUGAACUACUUCGCUCACAGUGGCCUGCUGCGCGAGGUGGUCAAUGACCAGCUAGUUGGUGAGAAAUGGAGUCUCUCUGGUGGCGGCGUCAUUGGUGAGCUGGAGAAGGUCCUGCGCAGGCCUCAGUUGUCUCGGCCUCAGGUGUCUACCACUACCGCAUAG